AUGAAUAUUAUUUUGAAUGUAUGGUUUGUAACUAUAUUUUUAUCGCAAAUAAUUUUUUCAAGAAGACAUAUAUUUAACGUUACUAAAGUUGAAAAUGGCCAAGAUAGCAUAUAUGAAUUAGAUGGAAAAAAAUUUAAUACUAUAAAAGAAGUUAUAAAAGAAGUUCAAAACAAAAAUCCAAACUUAAAAUUUUUAUACCAAGAUAUUAAUUAUUAUCGUCAAAAACAUGGAGUUCCAAAACUUAAAUCAAAUCCAACUAUACAAAAAUUUGCCAAAAAACACGCUAGAAAAAUGGCUAGUCAGGAUAUGUGUAAAGAUGAUACUGAUAAAACGUAUGGUGAAAGCAUUACCUAUUCAGAUGGUUCUGUAGAAAAUACUGUCAAAAAUUGGUAUAAUGAAAUUAACAAAUAUGAUUACAAUAAACCAGAAUUUUCAACAGAAACAAGAGAUUUUACAGCUUUAAUAUGGAAAUCAACAACAGAAGUGGGUUGCGCUGUAACUAAAAGUAAAAAAACAAAACGUACUUACAUUUGUUGUAAAUAUAAUAAACCAGGAAAUAUAAAUGGUUUAUUUAAAGAAAAUGUCUUACCACCUAAACAAUAA